UUGUGUGAACUGGUGGCCGGCGCUCCGCAAACAGCGGCCAAACCGAUAGCAACGGCUAAGAAGAACUGCCCGAACGAGUCAUUGCGUGAGAAUUGUGUCAAUUCCUUGUUCAUCAUCGGCUCUCCCGACAAACACUUCCCCAACUCUACCGAACAAUUGACCGCUUUUUGCGGCAAACUUAAGGAAACCGAUAAAUGCAUCAAAGAUUACACGUCCAGAUGUAUGACUCCUAUGGGAAAGAGAGCGACCGAAGUGGCCGUCGCCGGUAUCGCACGACUACUCAAACGCAUGUGUAGGUCAGCUGAAAAGAGGAAAGAGUUUGUGAAGAACGCCGGAUGUGGUAAUGCAGUGAUCGGUGACAUGAGGUCGUGUCUCAACGACUAUAAGAUGGCAUUAUAUGGCGCACAGAAGGCUGAGCUCAACCAAAAGCUACCGAUCCUUUGCUGCAAAUUCUAUGACUUCCGGAGCUGUGUCCGCACGGGUAUGGACAAAGUGGGCGCCGAAGUGUGUCCGGAGUCGUCCCGUAAUUACUUCCAUCACAUCGCCGAUGCCUUCCAGUCCGAUGUGUUUGAUCUGAUUUGCAGUAAUUAUGACGAGUCGUCCGAUAAGUGCUCGGCUGUUGUCGUACCACAAGUAGAGGCAUCUCAAGAGACCCGAUCGCUAUUGAAACCGCUGAGGAAUGUCUUGAAAAGCGUUCUCGAGGCCGACAGCUCUUAAGAUAAUCCCUAACAAAAUACUUUACCAACGAUGGCCAAAAAUAUAAACAAUUUUUUUGUUAUAUUAGACAAUGAAGUACACGAUUCUGUUAAAAUUAAUUCAUUGUAUAAAAUAAUUUUAUUUUUUUAACUAAAC